AUGGACUCGUCGAUCAACUCUACCAAUUUUCUCUUCUUUUAUAUUGACGCUCGGAGCAAUGCAUCCAUCCAAUGUGGAGACACUCCUCAAAAUCCAUGUCAACAUUUUUCAAAUAUCAUUUCAAAUCUCUACUCGGAAAUGAACGUCAGCACACUUUAUAUUCAUGUUGCUAAAGGAAUUUAUUCGAGUGACGCUGAUUGUAUGGUGGCAUUUCCAUCUGGACGAUUUGAAACUAUUGUUGUGGAAGGAAAUGAUGCAAUUGUGGAUUGUUCCAAUAGUAAGGCAUCUUUUUGGAUGGAUCUGAGUGAAAAGAAAUAUCCUUCAGAAUUUAUCGUUCGAAAUUUGGAGUUGAAUGUUGACAUGUCGUUGUUGUUGAAUGCACACUUUAUUUGUUAUGAAUGUCUGUUAAGAAAUGUGGCCAUUAGAGAUACAAGAGUCACAGUCGUGGAUAGUGUGAUUCAAAACAAUCAAUGGAGUUUUCGUUCUCAAAAGACAAUCAUUCGUUCAAAAAUCAUCAAUAGUCAAUUUAAACAUUCUUCGAGUUUGGAGAUACAAGAUUGGACAGUUACAGAUUCAAUAUUAGAAAAUGUCAUGUUUGACUCGAGUUGGAUUUCUGAUUCAGAAUAUCAACCCAUCAGUGCUCACUUUUCCAUCACGAAUACCACUAUUAUUCAUUCAAAUUUUACAAUAUUAUAUUCACAGGUCACACUUAACAACUCCAAGUUUGUGUCAAGCUUUUCCAAAAUUGCCUCUUCAAAUGUUGUGGAAAUUCAUGGAUGCACCUUUACUGAACAUUCGUUUUUAAUGUCAGGAGGAGUUUUCUCAUUGAUCAUUUCUUCAUCCAAGUUUGAAAACAUUUCAAAGAAGGAAAAUAUGGUUAGAGUCGUCGGAGGACAAAGUCUACGCAUUGAGAAGUGCACAUUUUCAAGAUCAGAGGCGAGAUCAGUUUCAGUGAACAGUAUUUCAGCUGUGAUUAUUGAACAUUCAAUAUUUUCACACACGGGAGGAAUUUUUAUUGAUUUUCAAGACAUUUCUUCGAACGCAAAAUUAUUAAUUUCCGAUUCCACAUUUACCAACAAUACAUCUGUGAACAAUGGAGGUGCAUUGUCAGUAGCUUUUGCAAAUCUAGUUGUUUUUAGACGCUGUCAAUUUACUUUCAACUCUGCAACAAGCAAUGGUGGAGCGUUAUUUAUCCAAGCACAACAUUUAAUGCUCUACACAUCAGAGUUUUCAAAUAAUACGGCAACGAAUGGUGGAGCUAUCUAUUUAUUGAAACCAGAAAAUGAUUUAAUUGUGCCAAAUUAUAGCUUUGGUUAUACCUCAUUUCAAGAAAAUACAGCCCAUAUUCAUGGUGGAGCUCUUUACAUGGGAACAGAACACUCUCAUGUAGAUGCUCAUCACUUUUCUUGUACCUCAAAUAUUGCAAGGUAUAGUGGAGGUUGUCUCUAUUCCUUAAAAUUCUUGGAAAAUUGGGAAAGAGACUCUUCUUUCUUAAAUAAUAUGGCUCUCGGUUAUGGAAACUCGUAUGGAUAUCCUCUGUAUAACUUGUCCUUCUCGAGUACAGUUGAAUUUAAUGAUGGAAAGAAAGUAUUGAGUGAUGGAUCGACUAUUCCUGUCAUGUCUGUUUAUCCUGGAGAGAGAAUAAUGUCACUCUCGUUGAGUAAUAUUCAAAAUUUUGAUGGAACUCGUGUGAAAUUCCUGCGUACUCCUCUUUCGAUUCGGUAUGAUGAAAGCAUGACAAAAAUUGAGUACCUAACCUCAUCAAGGAACACAAGCAAAAUCGAAAGUAUUUCAGUGAAGCUUCCAAGUGACACUUUACCAAGUGUGACAGUUUUAGCACAUCUUCAGAUUGAUUCACGCAAUGAAAUACCUUUUCGAAUCAAGAUUUUGCCAUGCCCGCCUAAUUUUCAUCUUGAAAACAGAUAUUCCAUAGACGGAUAUAUUUGUGUUGAAGAUAUUCCAUUGCAUGUCAUUAUUCCUGUCGUGGCCGUUGUCACAUUAAUUAUUUUCGGGUUACUUUUAGCAGGAAUAUUGACCUUGGCUUACACAUGUCACAAGGUCAUUCAAAAAUUGAAAACAUUGGAAAGAAAGCAACGUGCUGAAAAACAAUUAGAGACUAAUUUUAUAGGAAUGAAAACCUAUUUUGAAGCAAGUUACUCGACCUCUCUGUUAAAGAAUGAUUUUCUUGAACGACGAUCGGACGAAGAAACCAAAUAUUUGAUUCCAGUCGAAGAUUUGAAAAUUAUUAAGAAAAUUGGUGAAGGAGCUAAUGGAAGUGUGUUUCGAGCCAAUUGGAACGGCACUGAAGUUGCAGUAAAAGCUCUCAAAUCAGAUGUGACUUCUGAGGAAUCGGCCGAAUUUCAGAAGGAAGCAGCAUUGUUGAGCACGCUUCGUCAUCCAAAUAUUGUCAAUUUUUAUGGAAUUAGCAUUUCAGACUCUACCAAGUGUAUGGUUGUGGAAUAUUUACCUAUGGGAAGUUUGGAUCGUCUAAUUUAUAAUUGUAAACUUGGUAAUCAAGUGUUGACGUUUUCACAAAAGUUGGAAAUUUUAUUAGGGGUUGCCAAAGGAAUGGCUUAUAUGCAUUCAUUGAAACCAAAUCCAAUUCUUCACAGAGAUUUGAAACCAGCAAAUAUUUUGUUAUGUGGAAUGGAUCAUCAUUUGAUGAGUAAGGUUUGUGAUUUUGGAUUGUCAACUGUCAUGGGCUGUUCCAAUACAGCAACGACAAAUAUUGGAACAUUUUUUUACAUGGCCAAUGAAAUGAUUGAAGGAAAUAUCAAGUAUAAUCACAAAGUGGACAUUUACAGUUUUGCAAUCAUUAUGUGGGAAUUAUUUUUUGAAGAAACUCCAUAUGUGAGUCAACAUUUGAAAAAGUUUCAACAAUUCCAUUUGGAAAAUUCAUAUCAUGAAGUCGUGAAUGAUUCUGGACCUCGAAUUUUACUUCAAGUCGUGAAAGGAUAUCGACCAAUGAUUCCAUUUUCCAAUGAAGUGGAAAUGGAAAUGUGGAUUCAUGAAUUUGUAGCUCCACAAAAUCCAAAUGUACCUCUCGAUUCACUUGUGAAAAAGACAAGGAUGUAUAUCGAUUUGAUGAAGAAGUGUUGGAGUUGUAAUCCUGAAUUGAGACCUGAUUUUAUUCAAAUUAUUGAGAGUUUGUCUUUGGUUUGA